AUGGAGACAGUUGCAGCAGGUGGUGCUCAAACAGUCAUUAGUUACCAGAUAGAAUGCAGACGUAGGGAUCCUGAUUUCUUCUUCGACUACAAGACUAAUCAAAAAGGGCACCUUAAGGGACUGCUCUGGUGUGAUAGUCAAUGUUGGCUUGAUUAUGUAGCAUUUGGUGAUGUCAUCGUAUUUGAUAGCACGUACAAAAUGAAUCGGUACAACCUGCCCCUUGAUCCUUUUGUUGGGGUGAAUCACCAUGGUAGCAUAGUUCUUUUUGCAUGUGGAAUUAUUUCCCAGAAGACAAUUGAGUCAUAUGUGUGGAUUCUUAGCACAUUCUCUGGUGCCAUGGUUCAGAAGCAUCCGGUUUCCGUGAUCAUUGAUGGAGACCUUGCUGUGCAGAGAACAAUCGAGCUGGUGUGGCCAAAUUCAUCACAUAGGGUAUGUAUAUGGCAUAUUGAGCAGAACAUUGUGCGUAAUCUUCACAAUGAUGGUGUGAAGGAUGAUUUCAGGUAUUUCCUUUAUGAGUGUUGCUCCAUAGAAGAGAUUGAGAGGAAAUAG